GUAUGUUUCAACCUCUAUAAAUAUUGAUUAAGGAAAAAAUGAUCUGCAUGUCGAAACUAUACACAAUUUCAGAUAAAAAGGCUUACCAUUGAUCACAACCCGAUGCAUAUCUUUCAUUCGCUCCAGGCACCGCUCAGCCUUUACUGUUAGCUGCCAGUUGGGAUGAACGACAUGUGUACACCACAGAGAUGUCUUCUUUGUUUUUCUGCCAAUGAACACAACAGCUUUGUGCCCCAAGGUAUGAAGCUUUUCCACCUAUAGAAAAAAAAAAUGUUUUGUCAUCACUUGUAACUAUGUGAAAUACAAUUGCAGAAAUAAAACACUUACCAAAAUUGAUGCCUCAUCCCAAACAUGUGAGGAGGUUUUAUUUUUCUUUUGGUUUUUCAACCAACUCUCCUCCUUUGCUUUAAAUUUUUCCAGUUUUUUUGCAAGCCUUUGUUUAGUUGGCUGUUCUGUCUUGCAUGCUUUACAAGUUUUCGUGGCCACCCCAAUCACUUCUUUGCAGCUAAUGCAAAGUUUAGUUGUCGAUCCUCGUGGCAUGUUGACCUGUGAAUAUUAACACACAUUGCUAAUUAAUUAUUUAUUAGUUAUAUUAUUUGUCAAGGGCUUCACAUGUCAUUGUACUCUUUAUCAGAACCCUAUGUGUUUGUUGGGUUACAGCUGGUUUGGUAAGUGAGGGUAAGUUCCCCCUGCCAGAAUGUGUAUCCCCGCUCUCAGACUUUGUCUAUUUGUUUUUUAAUGCUCUUAUUUUGUCCCAAAAAGCAAAAAAAGAAGAUGGGUGAUUACACUACAAUGUAUUGUAUUUAUUGUAGGGCUUUUGGAAGUUUACUUUUAUAUUAGCAUUUUUCCCUACAUAUUCCACGAAAAACAAAUAAAGCUUAUAGAGUUAAAAACAAAAAAACGUUUGCUUGACUAACUUGGGAUAGAAACGUGGUUUGUGAAAGUGACUUUGUUAUGGGUGCAUUCAACAAAGCUCAAUUAUUAAAUGUUUCUUGUUUCUACUACGAAUUAUUGUGGGGGCUCUGAUUCUAGCAGGAUGGAUCAGCCAGAGACUGGGUUGGAUCAGCUGCGGCCUCUCAAAAUCCGUGCCCGCUCUCGUUUUACGUGCAGUGUGUGGUUUUAAAAAAAUCAAACGUUACAGUAAACUCCCAAAAGCAAAGAAUAAAGUCUGUCGUAAUCAUUCUCCACCUUUUUACGCUUUUGAGGACAAAAUAUGAGCGCUACGAAACCGGGGAUACAUAUUCUGGCAGGGGAAAAUUAGCACCACACCCGUGAAGAAAAAAUCCUGCCGCGCAUGAGGUUGUUUCGUUGUCUUUUCAGCGAUGCGCGUGCUAGCAGAACCCGGACUAGAUAUAAACUAAUGUCACACCACCGUCUGGCUACUAAUUUUCUACAACAACCCAUCAGAGAUAUAGAAAUAUUCUAAAACUAAGAUUUAAAAUUUAAAAAUGUAUGCAUUGUCAUUGACGGUAGUCGUCACGAAAGACAAGAUAAUGGGGUAGAACAAAGUUAGUUCGCCUUGACUGAGACGUGUGUGGGUUAGCACGAGUUUUAAAAGAUCAACGUUUGGAUUCAUGACCGGAGACAAUAAAUCAACAGCAGUAUUUGUUUGAAAGUUCUAAUGUUGAUCGUCAUUCCAUUAGAUAUUUUAGUUUCUUACCGUUUGAAUCUUGCUUCUGCCUCUUGGCAAGCCACUCGUCCUCCUGCUCACGUGGACAGUCAUUGUCGCCCCUCCCUCCCCCACUUAAGCAAGCCCACACUACCAAAGUAUUGCCCCCUUUUUAGAUACUUUGAUUUGAUCCAGAAUUCUACAAUAGUUAAAAAAAAACACUGAAAAACAAACUUUUUGCAUCAGUAAUAUAUACGUAACUAUUCCUCAUAGUAAAUACAUAAUGAUUGAUAGAUUGUGCAAAUAGAGAUUUUUCUAGUAAAGAACUUACUUAUUUAUCAUGAGUAAUCAAAAUGUAUAUUGUUUAUUAGAAAGAUCUAUUUUCAUAUUGUUGUAAUCACUUUUGAAGCAUUCAAUAAUAUUAUGUAAGUUUUAUUAGAGAAUUUAUGUUUGCUCUAUGUAAGAUUUGAUCAUAACCUUACUUGUGGAUGUAAGUAAAUUUUACUAGAUUGCUGUUGGUAGUUUUUAUAUUCUUAAAUGCAGUAAAAUUCAAUGAAGAAUUGUUAGUGCAAAUUGUUAGGAGGAUUUUCUUAAGUAAAUCUUAGUUUUUUUUUUACCAGUGUACGUUCACAUAAGUCUGAUCUGGAAUUUCCAACAACAAUGUCCACUUUUGAAAAAUAAAAAGUUUUGAGCAAAUGCAAACAACAAAACUGGAGUGCCUAGUGUUUUGUUGCGUUGCAUCAAAAUGUGUAAAGAGCUUAAAAAUCUUUUAAAACAAAAGUCUAGUGUAUGAGAUAGAGAUGAGGCCUUGGGAUCAAUCCCAAUUGUGCAUGACAUUAACACUGCCAAAAAUAAACAAUGUAUCAGAAUCCGCUUUAUUGGUGAAGUACAGUAUAUGUACAAGGAAUUUUACCUCAGUGUCCAACCCAGUCUUAUGCUAAAACGUGUGGUACCAUAUGUUUUUUAGGGUCUUGACCUCAUGUGCAAACAAGGCAAGGUAUAAAUAGGAGUAAAAAACAUACAAAAAGAAUUAAAAAAAUAAAAGUAUCAAGAACAAGAUAAAAAAAAAAAAAAACUUUAUUCCAAUGUAAGAGUUCUUGUGUUUAUGUUCCACACUCUUUGACUGUUAAAUGGUUCAUCAUACUCAUGGCUCGGGGGAAGAAGCUGGCUUUUUCAAAUGGUUUUGGUGCACAUCUGAAACAUCGCCCAGAGGGAAGGAGACUGAAAAGACUAUGUCCGGGAUGUGAAGGGUCUGUCGAGAUUCUACCAGCCCACUUCCUGACCUUGGACCGGCACAGGUCUAAGCAGAUCUUAGGAUUCUCUGUAGUCCGUCCCUGUCUGCUUGCAGGUCCAAACCAAUCCAUGAUAGAUGUGGUCAGGACAGAAUUGAUUAUGGCCUGCAGCUCGUGAGACAAGUUUUUUCUAUGUGAAGUAAAAUCUCUGCUGGGCCUUUUUCUGGAGUGAGUCAACCUGGGAGGUUCCCUCAAGGUUCCCUGAAAUGGUGGACCCUAGGAACCUGUAUGUGUCUAUAGAGGGAGACUGUUCUUUUUACAAUUGUGUGAAGAGGAUGGGGAUGGCGGGGUUGUCUUCCUUCUCCCUGAAGUCCACUGUCAUCUCUAAAGUGUGUUCAACUCCGAGUGGCUUUGGUUGCACCAAAGGACUAGCCGCUCCUCUAACAAGUGGAGGAAGGCACAGUGAUGCUUUGAUGGAGGAGCUCUGGGAUGGUAGUAUAAUGCAGUGCUGAAGUCCACAAACAGGAUACAUGCAUUGGCCCCUGCAGAGUCAAGGUGGUGCAGGAUGUAGUGGAGAGCUAUGUUGACUGUAUCGUCCACGUCAUUUAAUCAUGUGAGACGGGACUCUUAGGAACUGGGAUGAUGGUGGAGCUGUUGAAGAGGGGGUUGGAAACACUCCAUCAGGUCCUGGAACCCACCCGAUCCUCUGCUUCUGAAACUGUUGACGCACAUUCACAGAUCCUCAGUCCAGGUUAGGUGUUCAGUCUGAAGGAAGUUGAAACAAUAAGUCGGUCCUUUGUGAUGGAAGUAAUGGGGGGAGGGAAUGCUAUGUUCCUUAGAAACCUGAAUAGAAGUUGUUGAGGUCCUCAGCCAGGUGGUAGCUCUUGAGGUGGGGGUGGUGGAGAAUCUCUUUUCAUGAGGGUCUGCAGGACUUAACAAGCUUUCCAAACUGCAAAAAACUGGUCUGUCAACUUUGCAGUGUACAUAGAUCCUUUUAGCUGCCGUAAUCUUCUUUGUAAGCUUCUUGACCUAUUUCUAAAGGUCACGAUCCCCACUCCUUUAGGCCUCUUCCUUGUCCUUGUCUAGUUGCCUCAGCUAGCUGUAAACCAUUGUUUGAUGUUGUUGAAUUUGUGGAGGGUUUUGGUCUGCACAGGCAUGUCCUCACAAAAGCUGAUCUAGGAUGUCACAGUGUCUAUUCAUCCGUGUCAGAGGAAGCAUUUUUCAAAGGCGUUCUGAUCUUUGCGUUUUGCAUCUUUGAUUCAUCCAUCCAUCUCUAACAGUCUUCACUUUGGGCUUAGCUGAUUUCAGCUUUUGUCUGUGGGUUGGGAUGAGUUGAGGCAGUGAUUUGAUAUAGUCUCAAAGCAGUGCAGGGAACAGAGUGAUAUGCAUUUUUUUAAUCAUUGUGUAGCUGUGGUCCAGAGUGUUCCAGCUUCUGGUGGGACAGAUCACCUGAUGUUUUUAAUAAAUUGAAUUACAUCUGAAAAAUAUAUGAAAAAACAACAAAAAAAACUCUAUACUGAGCCUGAAAGAACCUGGAUAACCCUUGAUGGGGCAUAAAUCUAGUGGAUCCUGUAAAAUCUGGUGAUGGGUCGCUCACUUUAGAAUUGAUACGUCACUGUUGAGGUGUGGGGCCUUUGAAAAUGUUCAAAUUCAUUUAGACUUUCAGAAAUGUGAGAUAGCUUUGGUAUGUACAAAAAAUUGGGGGAGGUUAGCCUACUUCGCAGAAAUCAUGAAACAUCCCAGAAAUGUACUGCAUGUUUUAGAUGGAGACUGGGAUUAAAUUUUACACUGUUAGCAGCAAAAUUGAAAAAGUUAUGAACGUCCAAUUAAUGUCUAUUUAUGUAGACUCCAUAAUCCUUGUCUACGUUUCAGGGAGGACUCAGUGUGAUGAACGGAAGCGGUCUAAAUAAGUACGCAAUGAACCACAAAAUGGGACGCAAUGUUUUGCAAUCCACUUCGAAAACCUUGACAACAAAAUAAGAGGAAUCAUCACAGGACAGGAAUCACAUAUUAAUAGAGAGAAACUUGGCUGGGACCCAUAAAGUGUAUGCUAAAGUGGGUGCCAGCAACUUGCAGGUAGCAUGUUUGAUUGGUAAUUGUGUAUCAAUGUACGGGCAAAGUAGCAUGUAGCUUUCAAGAGCCUACAGGGCUGAAUGUUGUCCACUUUUUCUUUUCUGGUAAGAAAGUUAAGUUGAGUUUCCACUUAAUUUUCCAAAUACGUGCCGCCAAUGUUGAGCUUCUGUCUUGGUUGCAAAAAUCCGAGAAAGUCCAGAUAGAAAAAGCUAACUUUCAGCUCAUUGACAUAUUCACUGAAGAGAGACGUUGUUAGUGAAGGAGAUGUGGCCGUAAAUUUAGCAUGCCUCACCAUUUAUAGCUUUUGUCACGGUAUUUUGAAUCUUAACAGUUUGGCAGGUGUAUUUAAUGUUAUGAUCUAUGUUUUAAAGUUUAAAAAAGUGUUUUGUGUUGGUUAAAGAUGCUAGCUGAAACCCUUUUCUCAAAGAAAUCCUCUAUUUGAAGAUACAUUUCUGGGUGCAAUUGAGAUUCAUUUACCAUGUUUAUAACCCAAAAAUAAAAAAGUUGUAGUUUCAUAUGAAUGUGGUAAUUUUUCUUUUCUUUCUUUUUCUUUUUUUUUUAAGCACCUUGAGGUGUUUUUAUUAAGGAGUGGAUUUGUUAAACUGCAUAAGUAAUUCAUGCUAUUAAACUUAAUCAAUUUCCCCAUUUCUGGUCUUGGGUGACAAUCAUUUACAAGCUCAGUAAUAUAGAUUUUAGCACAGAGACAAAAUAAAAACUCACUAAUAAUUAAAAGCUGUUCAUUUAGCAGCAAUGGACCUGUAGCAGUAGAAGGCACGUGUUUUGCUCUAUUUACAGAUUAUCUUUAUAGAUAAUAACUAUUUAAAUAUACCACAAGAACACUAAUUGUCUCAGCUUUAAUUCGAGCCAUAUUUUCUGAUAAUCGGUUAAGAAAUCAGGUAGCAAUUGCCCAAUUUCUGUGGUUGAUAUCUGCCUGUCCUCCAUAGAAACAGCCAUAACUCAAUGCAUAACGAUGGCGCCUGCGCGAGCACGUCUCUGUCUAUAGCAUUGACUGUAUAAGAAUAUAUAUUUUUACAGUCAAUGGUCCAUGGCGGCGAAUAGGCAAGGGCCAAUCCAGUAAUAUAUGUCAAUGGUGGAUGAAGUUUAAUUUGAUGAUUUACAAGAAUUGACCACGUGAUUCCCUAUAAACCUUAAUAGAAUUAAUAGAAAAUACAAAUAAAGCUAAAAUCCUGCCACCAUUACACCGCAUUAUUUCUUUUUCCCCUUUUUGGGGGUGGGGGGCUUACGUAACAAAAUAGUGACGCCCACUACCUAUUUAAACGACCUACCUAGAGAUGUUAAACGCAGUUUGGAGUCGUAUCACGAUGGAUCACUCAGAGGACGAAUUUGACGACCUGAUAUUUCUCACUGAUCUGUUUUUGGAAGAACUGAAGUCUGAACAACCGCCGGAGACACCCCCACUGACUUUUGUUCGGUGUGAGGAGGACGAAUACGGACAUCCUUUGCCAAAACGUAGAAGAAGAGGAGAGCGGCCGAAACCGGCGUCGUCCAAAAAAACUCCAACUGUGGCUCCAACUCCAACUUUGGACCCAUCAUGCAUACCAUCUACAAGUGGACAACAGAGUGUAACAGAAACUUUUCAAGAUAUAGAGUCCCUCAUUAAAGAGGUCCAAGAACUCUUGGGCUCUGCUGAUGACCCCACUCCAUCACAUUGGGCAACUCGGAAAGCUUCCUCUACGGAAAAGUGGACAGUGUUAAGACCUUUUAUGGUUAAUCAGUUGUUGAUGUCCGAAAAGCCAAAAAGGGAACAUUGCCAUCACUGUGGCUCUCAGGCUGCAGCAAUAAUGUGCCACGACUGUUUGCCUAGGGCACUUUAUUGUCCGUCAUGUGAUUUGGCUGUACACGACAGCCUUGUGCUCCAUAAUCGAUCAGCAAUGGUUGAGGGAUUUCACAGGCCGCUACCACCAACCACUUUUGUCAAGGAAGAGGGAGGAAACUUCACAUACCAUGACAAAGUGUGCUUUUUGCCUGUCAUCCUUCCCCGCUGUGACUGCUCUACUGGUCAAACAGAAGUUUCUGCAGGAAAACAAGUGAUUCUGAUUGGAAUGAAUGGACGAUACAACCUUUCUCUUCCAACGACCACAUGUUCCUGUGGAAAAACUUGGGAUGUUGGUAUUGGUGAUCUAGUACAAAGUGGAUAUUGGCCAGCUACAGUUCAUUUCGAGACUUUGUACACCAUGGAUUUGUUCACAUCGUACGAAGAUCUGAAAGUUACUGCACCGGGAAUGUCACGGCAUGCUUUUGUUGGGAUGCUUGACCAGCGCACCAAAGUCUUUGGUCGAAGUGGUAAAAUAUGCGGAGACACAAUGCAGAAAGCAUUCCUAGAGUGGUCCUAUGCAAAAUUUGAAGUUGAGAGGCUGUCUGAGAUGAAUCCUUUUGAGUGCCCAGCAUGCACACCCUCCAUGUUGGCUGUUGCAGU